CAGUCGGCCGCCGCGACACCAGGGGCGGGAGCGUGGACCACCACCCCCUGCUCCGUUCCUCCCGCGCCCUCCCGCCGCCGGGAAGCGAACCCCGGCGCCGGCGGGCGGCCGCCGCAACUGACAGACUGACAGGCCGAGGCUUCGCGCCCGUCCGCAGCGCGCGGCCGGCAUGGCGGCGCGAAGGAGCCCCCCGCAGGCGCGGGAGCCGGAUCGGUCUAGUGCCCGCGCCGCAGGAAACGAGCACGUUCCCUCCUGGACACUAGUCACCAGCCAAGCCUUGGGUACCGCGUGGGGAAUAGCAAAGGGCUCUGUGAUGCUGGCGGUUUCGUUGCUGCUGGCCACCCUCUGCUACUUCCGGAGGCUGAAUUUACGUCUAGGGCACCGGCUGAAAUGGUGGAGUGGGUAUCUGCAAAGAAAAUUUAAAAGGAACCUCAGUGUGGAGGCGGAAGUCGACUUACUCAGCUAUUGUGCAAGAGAGUGGAAAGGAGAUACGCCCCGUGCCAAGCUGAUGAGGAAGGCUUACGAGGAGCUGUUCUGGCGGCGUCACAUUAAAUGUGUUCGACAAGUAAAGAGAGAUAACUACGAUGCACUAAGAUCUGUGUUAUUCCAGAUAUUCAGCCAGGGCCUUUCUUUUCCAUCCUGGAUGAAGGAGAAAGACAUUGUUAAGCUUCCCGAGAAACUGCUCUUUUCACAAGGUUGUAAUUGGAUCCAGCAGUACAGUUUUGGUCCUGAGAAGUACACAGGCUCAAAUGUGUUUGGAAAAUUGCGUAAAUGUGUGGAAUUAUUGAAAACACAGUGGACCGAAUUCAGUGGGAUUAAAGAUUAUCACAAGAGAGGAAGUAUGUGCAACAUCCUUUUCUCUGAUGCCAUUUUGGAAUACAAACUGUACGAAGCUUUAAAGUUCAUCAUGCUGUAUCAAGUCACUGAAGUUUAUGAACAAAUGAAGAUGAAAAAGGUCAUUCCCAGUCUUUUCAGACUCCUGUUUUCCCGGGAAACAUCCUCUGACCCUUUGAGCUUCAUGAUGAAUCACCUGAACUCUGUAGGUGACACCUGUGGACUAGAGCAGAUUGAUAUGUUUAUACUUGGAUAUGCACUUGAAGUCAAGAUAAAAGUGUUCAGACUGUUCAAGUUUAACUCCAGGGACUUUGAAGUCUGCUACCCAGAGGAGCCACUCAGGGAGUGGCCUGAGAUCUCCCUGCUGACCGAGAAUGACCGCCAUUACCACGUUCCCGUUUUUUAAGUCUGGCAUGGACCGGGUACCCGCCAGUGACAGUGGUCAUGCUGGCAAGUACAGUGUUCCAGGAAAACCAGAGCUGCUGGUGUAGCCACUGGAGGAAGUGGGACCUUCUCCAGAAUGACAGGGACACUGGACGCUGCUGUGCACACACGGCCCUUCUUUGUCUUCAGUGGCUUCCUCCAGAGCAGUUGCUCUAAUGCAUUUAUGGGUUCAUGGUUUGACCUCGUUCAUAAGAGCUGUGAGCGCUCCACACAUGGGGGCUUUUGAGAGCAUGAGAACAUUUAAUCUGGACAAAAACAACAACAGGAAAACAAGGAGAAGACAAGUAAGAAAAAAGACUAACCUAGAAAGAAUGAAUUUGUGUCUAACUUUUAUAUUCUUCAUUAAGAACUUGCCUUGGGUUGAUUUUGGAUCCUCCUAAACGCAGUCUUAUUUUAUAAGCAUGACCUUUCCAGGAAACCUUAUGGUGUCUUGACUUUUCUAGAACCACUUGAUUAACCUAUAACAUUAUUGGGGGGAGGGGCAGUGUGUGUACACAUACACACGUACCCCAGUGUAUACAUGUAUAGUUUUAUAUAUACACAUAUAGACACAUACACACAGAUAACCACUACUUUGUAAUGUACAGUUUGUUUUAUAUCUCUUUACAUUUUUUGUUAUUGCAUCUGGCCAGCUUAAUACAUCUUCUAUAGAUAAAAAAUGUAAAUUCUGUAGAUUGAGGCAAAUGAAUGACAAUUAUUGACCUGUCAUGAAAAAAUUAACCUGUGGUGUAUUGACCCAUGUAUUUAAUGUGUGAUAGGUAGAGUCACACCUGCCUCCCCCUUGCCCAGAAAUAUGUUACGUCCUAAUCCACAGAACCUGUGAGUAUGUUGGGUUAAAUGGCGAAGGAGAAUCAAGUUGCAGGUAGAAUUAAGGUACUAAUCUGCUCACCUUGUUUUAGGGAGAGUAUUCUGGGCUUUCCAGGUGAAUCCAAUGUAAUCAUAAGGGUCUGUGAAAGAGGAAGGGGGAAGUGGAAGUGUGUCUGGUCAGAGGGAAAUGGGAAAUCUGGAAGGACCGUAGAGGGGGAUGCAACGUGCUGGUGUUGACAACGGAGGAAGGUGCCAGGAGCCGAGGAAUGUGGGAGUGGCCUCUGGAAGUGGGAAGAGGCGAGGGAGGGGAUUCUCACCCGGAGCUGCCAGGACGGAGCACGGCCCUACCAGUGCUGAGUCUAGCCCAGCGAGACCUGGGUCAGACCCCGGGGCCUCCAGGACUGAAAGAUAGCAAAUUCGUGUUAAGUCGCUAAGUUUGCGUAAUGUGUUACAGCAAUGAUAGACAAUACUCAGGUGAACUAAUUUUUGGUUGUCUUUAUUUUAGAAAUACUUUUCUAGUUUAUUUUGAUAAUCCUUAUUUUGGAGGUACUUUAUUAAAUCUGUUGUGAAUUUCAAUAAAUACAAAAUAACUUUUAAGUUACAAAUCCCUCCUAAGAAGUGGCUUCCUUAAUGUGUUCAAGGCUGAUGUUUUCUCACUUUUUUCAUAUAGUUUCUACUAUAAAUUAAAAAAAGAUAUGUUUUGCUGGCCAGUGUGGCUCAGUGGAUUGAGUGCAGCCUGUGACCCAAGAUGCUGCUGGUUUGAUUCCCGGUCAGGUCACAUGCCUGGGUGGCAGGUCAGGAGAGGUAGUCUGUUGAUGUCUCUCUUGUGCAUUGAUGUUUCUCUCUUUCUCCUUCCCUCCCUCUCGAAAAAAUAAAUAAAAUCAUAACCAAAACCAGGUGUGUUAAGUGCUGUGGUGUAUGAAAAUAAUAUCCAGACUUUUUAAUGGGGGUAAUCACCUGUAUACACUACGGAAGCCAGGUGUCCAAUCGUGCAUUGUAUUAUACCUGCUGUCAUUUCGUUUUCUGGUUGGAGAGUAAUGAGCUUAGACCAAGGGGCCUUGCAUUACCUCAAGACCACGCAAAGAAAACAGGGGUUCUCAACUGACCUCUACUGUCCUGUUCUGCUUGGAAGUGCCUAUGGCUUUGCACAACUCCAUCAUCUGAUGGACACUGUUGGAAGUUAUCCCCUUGAUGCAGUACUGUGACCCAGAAAAGUGAGCUCGGCCCUUCGCUUCACAAGCAGACAUGGUGAGAACCUGCAGCAGGCUGUGACUGAUACUCCUAGAACUGCCGCUCCAGACUUCUGGGUCCAGUGCAGCUGUCUAGGUUCCUGCCUGGCUUUCGUGGGUCUCCACUCACCUUGCAUCUCCUUACCCAGUGUAAUGAUUUCCACGUCAGUCUGAGGCUGAAAAGGAGAACUCUUCCACGGGGAUCGGCAGCCUGUAGCUCUGAUGGAUCAGCCCAUUCCGUGUACCCUUAACUGUGUGUUGGAGACAGGGCAGAGCGGGGCCCGGCUUCUUUAAAUAGAGGGGCAAGGUCAAAACAGGACAUUUUGAUGCAAUGAAAGGAAAAAGUAAAGAAGACCUUUAAGUGGUUGCUAUUUUGAGGAAGGCAUCAAAACAGACUUUAAGAGAGGAGGUAUUGGGCAUUGUGUUCCUUUUUUUAAAAAAAUUAGUUGUAUAUUGAAUGUAACAAACUAAUUUGAAGGGACUCCGUAUAAGUUAGCACCACUUUAAAAUGCCAGCAGUGAAUUGGAGGGGAAUUGCCAUGUGACGCCAACAUUCAGUGUAUUUAUAACCGUACUUGUUUUCAGUGAGAAGAGAAAUGUAGGGAAAAUGAAAACAUACGCUGUGGUUUUUUUUUUUCCUGAUUUUAGAAUGUUUCUCUCGAAAUUUGGGCAUGUGUCCAUCCUGAGGAGUUACAUGAAUAUCGGCACAGGACUGACUUUUCUUAUUGCGGUAAAAUACACUGCGUAAAACACAGCAUCGUGACCAUUUUUAAAUACGCAGCCCGGUGGCACUAGGUGCCUGCGUGCUGCUGUGCGAUCAUCGCCACUGCCCACCCUCAGAGCUUUGUCCUCUGCGAGACCGACUUUUAACAGGAGGCAAGUUUAAUCUCCCCGCCUGGUAACUGGGUUUUUUUUUUUUUUUUUUUUUACUUUUCACAUCAUCUUUAUGUCAUGCCCUUCUAAUCUGAGUGUUUCUUUCCAGCUUAAACGACCCCCAGUGCAGAUGUCUGAUGUAAGGGAGGUUCAGGUCACCGAAUGGAUCCUGCAAAUCAGGUUUCACUUCACCUGCAAAGUUAAGAAAUAGCCACAGGUGCCUUCUGGCUUCGUCCUAGGGGC